AUGGGCCAACAGCAGGCUCUCCUCCAGUUCCAAGGUCAGCCUCAGCUUCCGCCUCCAGCUGGUUUCUUCAUACCCAACGCUCCCCUCCAGUUCGGCGCUCCUGCACCAACCCCUAUCCCUCUCUGGAUCCAGCCUCCUCAACAACAACAACAGCAGCAAGUUCCUCUCCAGGGAUACGGCCAGCCGGGUGAGGAACCAGUUGGAGUCAGACAGUUCAAUCAGGGGGUGACCGAGCGCCAAGGUCGGACUCAGGACGAACUCGAUGCUCUUGGCAUCGACGGCACCGAAUUUGUGGAAAAUCUCGACGACGCAGAUAUCGAAGGCGGUGAUGAGGCCAGCGACAGGGAACCCGACGUGGAGGUCGAGACUCGGAAGAUCAACAGUGCCACCAAGCAGAGAUACAAGUUUACCAAAGCCUUCCUUGAGGAGCACUUCAACGGAAAGGAUCCUUACGAAACGGAGAAGAAGGAGAUCAUUGCCAUUCCUCCCAUGAAGAGCGGUAUGGACCUAGUCACGGCUCUCUGCAAGAACCUCGAGCUGGCCAUCGAAUUGGGCAAGCAUCUUCGUGGCGAGGAUAUCCUCAACCUCUACAUUGCCUGCCGUGGCUUCCGUGAGGCCUUGGAUGGCCACAUGCUCUCCUCCAUCCGAGAAUGGAUCAGAAGCAGAGCCCCCGAGGCUGGUAGGCUGUUCCCCUGGCGAAGUGUUGCAAAGUUCCUCGUUCCAGACCCCGCCAAGCGCUCCAGCUCCGAUACCGACAAGACUCCAGGAGGGGUCCGCCUCAUCCCCGGUAUGAAGUAUCUCCAGAUGAUACUUGGCCGGGACCGAUACUGCCGUCAGAUUCUCGCAGUCAUGGCUCGUAUGGGCCUUCGAGUCCCCGACACGAUGCACACCACUCUGCUGCGCAUCUGGCACCUCCUUGAGGUCGCCACCUGCUCUCAGAGAUCCCAGCUGAUGGCUGACACCAAGAUAUGGACCGAUCAGCACCUCUACAACGCUCAGUUCUUCUUCGUCAAGCUGACCAUGGCCUUCAACCACCCCUUCUUCAGACCCCACUCCCACGAGAUGCUCCAUCUCAUGAUGGGCCAGCGCGGCCUGUACCCCCUGUGGCAGUGUCUCACUCGCAAGAAGUUCAGAACCAUUUCCGAGAUCGUAGAGCUCAAGGCCCGCUACGAUAUGAACCUCCCUCCCCCGGCGUGGUUCAAUCCUGCCCGCCAUUUCAUGACCAACUUUCAUGGAGUCCCCUUCCGCGAGCUUGGCGUGGUUCACUGCGAGGGCUGGGGAGCAGGCACUCGCCAUCUGCUUCGCCCAGAUGAGUUAGUCGUUACUGAAUCCAUCAACCGUUCGCUUGAUCUUGACAAACACUUGAAUCACAUGCUCGUCUGGGGCUACAUUGAUUUCAAGACCGGAGAGAACCUUGUCCCCACCGAGGAGGAGAUGUACAUGUCUGACGAGGAAGAGGUUCUUGAAGAUGUUGACACCACGUGCUGGUGGCAGAAGAGGCACGCCCUAAAGAAGCGAUGGACAGAGUUGACCCCUGAGCAGCGACAAGAGAUCGAGGAGGAUGAAGAGGACGAGCGCCUACGUGCCAUGGCCUGGUCUACGCAAUACGACCCAGAUGAGAGAAACGACCGCCACGCGAGUAAAUGGGACUCUGAGAGCGAAGACGAGUCCGAUCAAGAGUACGACCCCAACGUCGAGAUCAACCGCGGCUACCGCAUGCAGGCCCUCCCCAAGGACCAACCCUCGCAGGUCCCCGCCCUCGACGACAAAGACGCCUGGCGUAGUCUCUGCUCCGAAUUCCUCCUGACGACGCAGGUCGAAGUGAGCGAUGAAGCGUUCGCAAAGGCCACUGAGUGGCUCAAGUUCUCCAAGGCCAACAUGGUCACCCCCUUUGACCGGGAUCGCUACGACAUAGGUGAUCCCUUUAUGCGGAGCCGGGUCGACUGGAAGCCGCCUCCCGAUCGUUAUGUAAGGCCGUCGUCUGAGGAUGAAGAUGAUGGCGAUGACGAAAUGGAGGAGGAUGGUGACGAAGGCGGCGAAGAAGAAGGUGACGAAGAAGAUGAAGAAAGUGAGGAUGAAGAGGACUAUGAGGACUAUUAUGAUGAGGAUGAUGAGAUGCAGGAAUGA